AUGUUGAACAACUCUACUGCUCCUCCAAUUCUCCAUGAUCACGUCCCCUUCCCCUUGGCGGGCCAACGCCGACAGUUCUUGCAAUCAAGUCUCCCAGCUACUGCCCGCACCAAACGGCCCUCCGGCUCAUUUGUCAAGCUCUAUACCGUUUUCUUCCAAAAGCUUCAAAAGCUCAUCAGGGACUUCAGACUGGCCUGGCGAGCCUUGCUGUGGUCCGUUCGAGGGCCCCCCUGCUGGCGUUUUGUGCUUGCAGCCUGGUUGUUCAUUGGAGCCUCCCUGCGGCAGUCCUCCCGGGACACUCUCCGAUCCUUCCUGCAGACCGCCCAGCUCUCCGGCGUCGCUUGGUGA